AUAUGGUCACAAGAGGAGGAAGAAGAGUGAGUCAGCUGUGUUGUGUUUUAUCACGUGUGGCAAGACUUAUUGACGUUAUUGUAAUUACCUGGUGUUUCAGUUCUGAAGUAAGCAAGUCUCAUCAGUCACCAUGAAGCCAAUUCAACAUGUUUCACUCUGGGAUGAGGGCCAUGUUUCAACACUUUUGGCCGGUAUCCGCUUAGCACCAGGAAGUGCAGAGUAUGUGGAAGUCAGCAACCAACCUUCAUCUUCACCAAGUAAAGACCAUUGCUCCAUUGGCCUGCCCAUGUUCCGGCCCAGCCUCCCCUCCGCCCAGGUGGGGAUGCGUUGCUCCCACUGCCAGACUGCCUUUGCUGACCGUGAGGAGCAAGUCUCCCACUACCGCCUAGACUGGCACCGCAACAACCUGCGGCGAUCCAUGGGAGGAAAGCCUCCCCUCACUGAGGAGCAGUUCAUGGAUGAGUCUAGUGACAUGUCCAGCAUCUCUGGGUCAGAGGAUUCAAGUGAUGAUGAUGAUGAGGAGGAAGAGGAGUAUACCAAAAAUGCAGAGACAAAUGCUCCUGUUCUGAAGCGACAGGCUCACCUCUUCUUCCUGAAUGCUGAUGGCUAUGUGAUAUCUCUUUACAGAAAUGUUCUGUAUUAUAAAUCAGUUGAAAUAGACGGGGAACAAGAUGUGAUCCAGCGUGCCUUGGCAGCACCUCGCAAGAAAAACUGGGCCAUCCUUCUGCUUGGAGGUGGACACUUUGCUGCAGCUGUUUUCAGGGGCAAGGAAGUGGUAAUUCACAAGACAUUUCACAAUUACACGGUGCGAGCCAAGCAAGGCGGAAGUCAAGGGGCCAAGGACAACCAGAGUGGCACGGCACAUCCUAAGUCCAGCGGCUCUUCACUCAGACGUUACAAUGAACAGUCUCAGCGGCAGCAUGUUCAAGAAUUAAUGGAGUCCUGGAAGACACAUCUCGACAAAUGUGACCUGAUCUUCUACCAUGCCAAGCACCACAACGGAGCCACUUUCUUCGGUGGAAAAAGACCAAUUCUCAUGAAGAAUGAUGAAAGACUAAGACGGAUUCCAUUCCCAACAAAAAGGGCAAAAUUUUCAGAGGUUAAAAGAGUUUUUGGCCUCUUGUCAGAAGUUCAUGUUCAUGGUAAAGAAGAGGAUUUUAAUGCCAUGGUAAGAGAAGCGAAAAUUGGGGAUGUCCAACCAGUCUCACCCAAGAAAAAGGCGAAUAAAACCAAUAACUCAAGAACUGUCGAAAGGAAACUGAAAACCGAAAAAGAUGCUCCAGAUCUCCCCCAUGAAGAAUCAAGCUCCGAAUCACCAGCAGAGAGUGGUGAAGAGAUGGAGCUGGUGACUCAGUUCAGCACGUUUUCCACCAGUGACCUUGGGGGGCAACACUGCUCCCUGAAGUCUAAGCCAAAAAAGAAAGAAUCAAGCCCAAACAGCAAAAAGGGUAAUGAAAAUAAAUCCAAAAGAAAACCAAAUGGCAGGAAUAAAAAAGUAAAUAAAGGCUCCACACACAAGACUAAAGUGUGGGAUCUCCUACACAGCGCUUGUAAGUCAGGCAAUAUCGACCACCUCUCUGUGGCUCUCAAGGUUUCUUCUGUGAAUCCAGAAGAUGACAGUCUAUCUCAGGAAGUGUUAGAGUCCUUAGCAGCUGUUGACAUUCCAGCAGAUCUAAGCAAGAUAACCUUUGGGUCAAGGUCUCAAACUUUGCUUCAUGUUGCAGCAGAAAGUGGAAAGCAUGAUGUCAUAUGGUGGCUUCUUGAACAUGGGUGUGAUCCAGGUGUGACUGAUGCAGCCAAAAGAGCGCCAUUCGAUGAUUCUGUGGACAAAGAAAGCCGUAACACCUUCAGGCGCUUCAUGGCUGAGUGGCCCGAUAAAUAUGACUACAAAAAGGCCAAGAUCCCAAGCCCACUAACCAAGGACAUAGAGGAAGAGCAGGCAGCAAAGAUGGCCUUGAGAAGGAAGGCCCAGAGGCAGGCCAAGCUGGGACGACAAAGAGAAAAGAAGCAGCAGGAAAAAAUGAAAUUGGAACAGGAGAAAAAACUGCAGGUGGAAGAAGAAGAAAGGAAAAGAUUUCUUGCUCUCAGUGACAGAGAAAAGAGGGCACUGGCAGCUGAGCGUCGUUUCCAGGAGCAGCAGCAGCAGCAAGACUCGGUUUUACGCUGCUUUAUGUGCGCCAAAGACAUCAGUGGCAUCAUUCCCUUUGAGUACAGUGACAACAAGUUCUGCACCACAAAGUGUGUGAGAGAACACAGAACGAAGGAAUCUUGAUUAUUAGAAUUGCAUAGUAUGUGUUUUUAUGAUUCUGUUAAAUGGUUGUUAAUGUUGAGUGACAUAAGUUAUACUAGAGUCCUUUAUUAUUCAUAUAAAAGCAUCACUUCAGCAGUCUGUAAUAUAUGUAGCAACUUAUUUUUUUUAAACACUUGAGUACAAAUGUUUAGGAAAAAGGCAACCGAAGGUAGGAAGCAAGCUUAAAAACUAUGACUAGAAACAAUUACAGUAGACUAACUCAGGGCUUUAGUGGUCCAACUUUUAUGUGUAUAUUCCUCAUUUUAUUUGGUGGGGUGCAUAGUUUCCUAUGUUUUUCUUUUCCUUUCUCAUUUUAUGUAGAACUGAUGGUGGCAAGCCAAUAGCACAAAUUACAUGACCCAAAACUAGAAACUCUGCUAGCUUUUAUUGGCAGCCAGUGUUGCUCAGUGUGGCAUGAUGUAGUAGGGGUUCUUGGUGGAAUGCCAAAAAUGAGUCUUGCUGCCCUAUUUAGCACAGAUGGACUUUCUCCAGUAUAUAAUUUGGAAGACCUAGCAAUUAAGCAUUGCAGUAAUCAAUGCAAGAGAAACCACUGAAUGCUCCAACUUCAGGAGACAGAGUCUAUAAACUGCUUCACCAAGUCCAGAUAUCAAUGUUUGACAAUAUGACAUGUGUUCUUUAUGGUCUAGUCUAAGAGUUUAAGUAUGCACCCAGAUUUUAACAGAGCAGUUUUGAGUGAACCACAUCUUUUAUCCACAGUUAAGCACUCAACACAAGUAACUUCUGCAUUAAAUCUUAAAUACAUUAGCAUUGAACCCUCAAACUACUUUUGCUACAGCAGAGCCUUGUUGAUCAGUAUGCUUGUAACCAAUUACAACCUUGGUUAUAAGGAAGCAAUACUUGUUAUCCAUGUGAGAAUCAAAGAAUGUGUAUCAGACAACAGAUAGGCAGCUUAUUUUGUUUCGGUCCCACAAACAAGUACCAGUUGCUUUCCACAGUUAAUGGGUUAACUGCCCAAACUCAAGUUAAAUAAUACUAAUUGUUAUUAUUGUAUGUUAACUUGACAAAAUUGUUUUUAUUUAUUUAUAUUGUACUUAUUGAUUUAUUCAUCCUUGUUUGUUCGUUAAUUUACCUAUUUGUAUGUAAUAAUUUUAGAGAAUCAGUGCCUUACAAUAAAGUAGCUUACCUUUAUUUUUAUUUAAUUUAUCAUGGAAUAUCUGUUGUAUCUUGUGUUUGGCCUAAAUUAGCUUCGAUAUUUACAAGCACUCCUUACAAUUAUAAUCUUUAAACAGUUGCACAAGCUGGUAGAUGUAAUAAACUCACAGUGAUUAGUAUUUGCAUCUAAAUCAUGAUUUUAAUAUGACUGCUUUUCCAUCUUUUGAAGCUAUUAUCAGUGUAUGUAUUAGAUGGAUACUAAAUAUUAUUAUAUGAGCUUUUUGUCCCACGUCAAGUUGCAAUCACAUUGCUAACAUGCAUGCCUGCAAGCACACACAUUCGCACCCACAUGCACAUGCUCUCACUAAAAGACAACACAGAUGACAAGAGAGAGGCACCCACUGGUAACCUGAGGUGCUCACCAUUGCGUUACUUUAUGUACACUAGCAAAAGCCCACAACUUCUAACUGUAAUGUGGAAGUAUACUAAGUUUUACACUCC